AUGGGGGACCAGAGGCCGCAGGACCGGCUGAGGUCCCUGGGCAUGGACUCCAAGUCCCGGUACUGUAACCAACCGUCUUCCAAAGACUUUCAGAUGCGCAAGCACGGGCGCCUGAAGUUUCCAUCCAUGGACACCCAGAACUGGGUAUUUGUGAAGGAGGGCCUAGACGACUUCCGCUACGGCUGUCCGUCUCCUGAAGACACUCUCGUUUGUCGCCGUGACGAGUUUUUAAUGCCAAAAAAACGUCUCAGAGGGUCCAAAGCUGACCCCAAAAGCAGGCAGAAAAAGCUCCUCAAGAAAGCAGCCCUAUUUUCCAAGCUCUCUCCAGCGCAGCUAGCACGGAAGGCAUUCGUAGAGCAAGUGGAAGCCGAGAUCAUGGCCAAGCAUCCCUUGGCCAUGUACCCCAAUCUGGGAGAAGAUCUGCCUCCAGAUCUCCUACUGCAGGUGCUCGAACAGCUGGAUCCGGAGAGGAAGCUGGAGGACGCUUGGGCUCGUUGCGAGGCCCGGGAGAAGACAACGGAGGUACCCACUGAGCCUGGUCAAUAUCCCUGUGGGGAAUUCUGCCGGCAGCCUCCCGAGACUGGAGGGUCCCAUCUGAGCCCGGAGCUUCCUACAACUCCGGUGUCCAGUCUCCACCCGCAGCCUCCCAAGACUCGUCCGGGGUCAAGUCUCCGACCGGAGCCUCCCAAGACUCGUCCAGUGUCCAGUCUCCGCCCGGAGCCUCCUGAGACUGGCGUGUCCCAUGUCAGCCCGGAGCCUCCCAAGACUCGUCGGGCAUCCAGUCUCUACUCGGAGCCGUCUGAGACUGGCACUCGUCGGGCAUCCAGUCUCUACUCGGAGCCAUCUGAGACUGGUGUGUCCCAUCUCAGCCCGGAGCCUCCCAAGACUCGUCCGGGGUUCAGUCUCCGCCCAGCGCCUCCCAAGACUCCGGUGUCCAGUCUUCGCCCGCAGCCUCCCAAGACGCGUCCAGGGUCAAGUCUCCGCCCGGAGCCAUCUGAGACUGGCGUGUCCCAUCUCAGCCUGGAGCCUCCCAAGACUCAUCCAGGGUCCAGUCUCCGCCCGGAGCCAUCUGAGACUGGCGUGUCCCAUGUCAGCCCGGAGCCUCCCAAGACUCAUCCGGGGUCAAGUCUCCGCCCGGAGCCGUCUGAGACUGGCGUGUCCCAUCUCAGCCCAGAGCCUCCCAAGACGCGUCCAGUGUCCAGUCUCCACCCGGAACCUUCCGAGACUGGAGUGACCCAUCUGCGCCUGGAGCCUCCCAAGACUCGUCCAGGGUUCAGUCUCCGCCCAGCGCCUCCCAACACUCCGGUGUCCAGUCUUCACCCGCAGCCUCCCAAGGCUCGUCGGGCAUCCAGUCUCUACUCAGAGCCUUCUGAGACUGGAGUGACCCAUCUGUGCCUGGAGCCUUCCGAGACUGGAGUGACCCAUCUGCGCCCCAAGCCUCCCAAGACUCGUCUGGUGUCCAGUCAUGGUCCGGAGCGUCCCAAGACUCCUCCAGGGUCCAGUCUCCGCCCGGAGCCUCCCAAAGCUCCAGAGUCCCAUCAGUUCUCCAAGCCUCCCAAGAAAGAACUGCUUGGGGAGGAUACACCAAGCACAAAUGGGUGCGUUUCUGACUAUCUUCAACCUAGAUACAAAUCCGAAAAACUGCGUGAGUUUUUCAAAUGGGCUGCAGACUUCGGAGUUGAUGAAGAAACCAUUUGGAAUCUGUGUCUAUUUCCCACCAUGUACAGAGCAACCCAUGACGACCAAAAGUUGAAGAACAUAAAGGAGUGUUCCUCAGAGCUGAAGUACACCAUGCAGCUGGGUGAAAAAGACAAGGACAAAUUCUUAUCCCAAGAUAAACACCGGGGCAGGAAAUUCCACAGGCCCUCGAAUGUUUAUAUCACUCAGCCUGUGAAGAUGACGUAUGGAGCAUGGUACCUCAAUCCUAAAUUGUGGAAGAAGCGAAGAAGUGAUGAACCUUUGACUGACCCCAAGCUCGCUGUUAAAAAGUCCGACGAAGCUGACAUCAUGGACGAUCUUUAUGCACCAAUCGCCUUCAAAGAUUUCAUUCUAAAAAAGGGCUAUGAAAUGCCUGGAAUCAUCGAAAGGCUGUUUGCGAGGAAGGGAUGGACUUAUGACUCUGUUAAGACCCCUAUUGAAAGAGCAAUGAAACUUUACAAUUAUGAAGACAUCACAAAGUCACCAGAUUAGGCACUUUUCAAUUGACUACUCGAUUGGGUAUUUCUUGCUCUCAUUUUAAUGAUCAAUCAUAAUUUAUGGUGACUGGCCCCGUGGAUGUACA